UUUGCAUUCCACGGGCGACUUCUUUUUUCUUUUUUUCCCGCCAGGAAGGAAGGAGGGAAGGAGGAGAAAAAGCUGAAAAGAAGAAGGGGGAAGGAUGAAGGAGAGAAAGAAAAAGGAGGGGUUUUUGGUGUCUGUUUUUGAAAGAGGGACCCACGCUUUCGCCUCCUCUUUCCCUUCUUUUUCCCCCGCCAGGAAGGUUUGUGUCUGAAGGGAAGAAGAAGAAGAAAGAAAAGGGGAAAAGAAAAAGAAAGAAAGGAAGGAAAAGAGGCGGUGUUUUGGCUUCCCAUUGAAACGAGCGACCCACGCCUUCUCUUCCUCUUUCCCCCUUCUCUCCUUCUCUCUCUCUCUCUCUCUUUUUGGUGUGUGAAGGGAAGAAGAAGAAAAAGAGAAAAAGGAAGGAAAGAAGGAAGAAAAAGUGCCGGUGUUUUGGGUUCCCAGUGAAGGAAAGGAGACCCUUCUUCGCCUCCUUUUUCUUCCUUUUGAGUUCCCUCUUUCUUUUUCUUUUUUCCCGCCAGGAAGGCUGUGUGGAAAGAAGGAAGGAAGAAAGGAAGGAAGGAAGGAAGGAAGGAAGGAAGGAAGGAAAGUGUGAAUAAAAGAGAGGAGGCAGAGGCUCGGCUUUGGCUUGUCUUGAAGCCCCUUUCCCCCUCAGGACCCCUCUCUUUCGCCCUCCUUUUUGGACUCAGCCUGGAGCCUUAGACCCGGAGGAAGAAGAAGAGAAGCGGCACCCAGAAGAGGAGAGAAAGAGAGAGAGAGAGAGCAGCCCAGCCAUGGAGGAGAGGCGCAAAGGAGACCCCCGAAGGAUGGAGGAUGAGGCGGUGUUGGAUAGAGGGGCCUCCUUCCUUAAGCAUGUCUGCGAUGACGAGGAGGUGGAAGGUCAUCACACAGUGUACAUUGGAGUCCACGUGCCUAAAAGUUAUCGGAGAAGGAGAAGACACAAAAGAAAGCCCAAGGAGAAAAAAGAAAAGGAGAAAAUUUCUGAAAACUCUGACAAGUCUGACAUCGAAAAUGCUGAUGAGACAAGCAGUAGCAUCCUCAAGCCGCUCAUCUCCCCUGCCGCUGAACGCAUCCGCUUCAUUUUGGGUGAAGAUGAUGAUAGCCCCGCACCACCCCAGCUCUUCACGGAACUGGAUGAGCUACUGGCGGUUGAUGGGCAAGAGAUGGAGUGGAAGGAGACAGCAAGGUGGAUUAAGUUUGAGGAAAAAGUGGAACAGGGAGGAGAGAGGUGGAGUAAACCCCAUGUGGCCACACUGUCCCUUCACAGUUUGUUUGAGUUGAGGACAUGCAUAGAGAAAGGAUCAAUCUUGCUUGAUUUGGAGGCAUCAUCACUUCCUCAGGUAGUAGAGAUGGUUGUUGACAAUCAGAUUGAGACGGGCCUGUUGAAGCUUGACAUGAAGGACAAAGUAACCUACACGCUGCUCAGGAAGCAUCGGCACCAGACCAAAAAAUCCAACCUACGAUCCUUGGCUGACAUCGGAAAGACUGUCUCCAGUGCAAGUAGGAUGUUUACCAACCCCGAUAAUGCCCGCAGCCCGCUUGAGAGUUCUGUGCCCUGCCUAGCAACCCGCACAUUGGAUGAUGAAAUCCGGGUUCAGCGCAGCCCCAGCGUGGGAUGGCUAAGCAGCCCAGCCAUGACGCACAGAAACCUGACUUCCUCUAGUUUGAAUGACAUCUCUGACAAACCUGACAAAGAGCAGCUGAAGAAUAAAUUCAUGAAGAAAUUACCUCGAGAUGCUGAGGCCUCCAAUGUAUUGGUCGGAGAAGUAGACUUCUUGGAAGCCCCUUUCAUUGCCUUCGUUCGGCUGCAGCAAGCAGUUAUGCUCGGUGCUCUCACAGAAGUUCCUGUACCUACUCGGUUUCUUUUUAUUUUGCUGGGUCCCAAAGGCAAAGCUAAAUCAUACCACGAGAUUGGCCGAGCCAUUGCUACCCUGAUGUCAGAUGAGGUAUUCCAUGAUAUUGCCUAUAAAGCCAAAGACAGGCAGGACCUGAUCGCUGGGAUUGAUGAAUUCCUAGAUGAAGUAAUUGUACUUCCACCUGGGGAGUGGGAUCCUGCCAUCAGGAUAGAACCCCCCAAAUCACUCCCAUCAUCUGACAAAAGGAAAAACAUGUAUUCAGGUGGUGAGAAUGUGCAGAUGAAUGGUGACACCCCUCAUGAUGGGGGAAAUGGAGGUGGCGGACAUGGGGAUUGUGAGGAGUUGCAACGAACUGGCAGAUGUUUUGGAGGUUUGAUCAAAGACAUCAAGAGGAAAGCCCCUUUCUUUGCCAGUGACUUUUAUGACGCAUUCAACAUCCAAGCACUAUCUGCCAUUCUCUUCAUCUAUCUUGCUACUGUAACUAAUGCCAUCACUUUUGGAGGCCUACUUGGAGAUGCAACAGAAAACAUGCAGGGCGUGUUGGAAAGCUUUCUCGGUACAGCUGUUUCAGGAGCUGUCUUUUGCCUUUUCGCUGGCCAACCCCUCACUAUACUGAGCAGCACUGGGCCUGUUUUGGUCUUUGAACGGCUUUUAUUUAAUUUUAGCAAAGAUAAUGGUUUUGAUUAUCUGGAGUUUCGCCUCUGGAUUGGCUUGUGGUCAGCCUUCCUGUGUCUCUUUCUGGUUGCUACUGAUGCCAGCUUUUUGGUCCAGUACUUCACCCGUUUCACGGAAGAAGGAUUCUCUUCCUUGAUCAGCUUCAUCUUCAUCUAUGAUGCAUUCAAGAAGAUGAUCAAAUUAGCAGAUUAUUACCCCAUCAAUUCCCAUUUUAAAGUAGACUACAUUACACUUUAUUCCUGUACCUGCAUGCCACCAGAUCCAGUUAAUGGCUCAUUAUCCAAUGAGACAGCCACACCAUCAGCUUAUUGGUCUGCAAAUAACUCUGCUGACAUGCACAACGGCACAAUUGACUGGUCAUCUUUGCCAAAGAAGGCAUGCUUGAAAUACGGAGGAGUCCUGGUGGGCAACAAUUGCAAAUAUGUUCCCGACAUUACUCUCAUGUCAUGUAUCCUCUUCUUGGGUACCUACACCUGCUCUAUGGCUUUGAAGAAAUUCAAGACCAGUCGUUACUUCCCAACUACUGCAAGGAAGUUGAUCAGUGACUUUGCCAUUAUUCUUUCCAUUCUGAUUUUCUGUGGAAUUGAUGCUCUGGUAGGUGUGGAUACACCGAAACUCCUUGUGCCAAGUGAAUUCAAGCCAACGAGCCCCCACAGAGGCUGGUUUGUUCCACCUUUUGGAGGGAACCCCUGGUGGGUCUACCUGGCAGCUGCCAUCCCUGCCCUGUUGGUGACGAUCCUCAUCUUCAUGGACCAGCAAAUCACAGCUGUUAUUGUCAACCGGAAAGAGCAUAAACUCAAGAAAGGUGCUGGCUAUCAUCUUGAUCUUUUCUGGGUGGCUGUGCUGAUGAUUAUAUGCUCCUUCAUGGGUCUGCCAUGGUAUGUUGCUGCUACUGUGAUCUCCAUUGCACACAUUGACAGCUUGAAGAUGGAGACAGAGACAUCAGCACCUGGCGAGCAGCCCAAGUUCCUUGGUGUAAGGGAGCAGAGAGUGACUGGAAUUAUCGUGUUUGUACUGACCGGCGUUUCAGUCUUCAUGGCUCCUAUCUUGAAGUUUAUCCCCAUGCCUGUGCUCUAUGGAGUGUUUCUAUAUAUGGGUGUCGCAUCACUUAAUGGAGUGCAGUUCAUGGAUCGUCUGAAAUUGCUCUUGAUGCCUCUCAAGCACCAGCCUGACUUUAUCUACCUACGGCAUGUGCCCCUCCGCCGAGUCCACCUCUUUACUUUCCUCCAGGUGGUAUGCCUGGCUCUCCUUUGGAUCUUGAAGUCUACAGUGGCUGCUAUUAUAUUCCCAGUCAUGAUCCUGGCACUCGUGGCGGUCAGAAAGGCCAUGGACUACUUCUUCUCCCAGCAUGACCUCAGUUUCCUCGAUGACGUCAUUCCAGAAAAGGACAAGAAGAAGAAGGAGGAUGAGAAGAAAAAGAAGAAAAAGAAAGGCAGCUUGGAUAGUGAUAAUGAUGAUUCUGACUGCCCUUACUCAGAAAAAGUCCCAAGUAUUAAAAUUCCAAUGGACAUCAUGGAACAGGAACCUUUCCUAAGUGAUAGCAAACCUUCCGACAGAGAAGAAUCACCAACAUUCCUUGAACGCCAUACUUCAUGCUGAUAAAAUUCCUUACCUCCACUCCCACACAAUGCCAAGCCCUCCACGAACUCCAAUGAAAGUUGUGCCUCAAAUUAGAAUAGAACUUGAUCCUGAAGAUGGUGGUUAUUUCUGGAGGAGCAAGGGAACAGAAACUACUUUGUAACUUGUCCAUUAAGCUUCUGCUGAACUGGCUUUUUUCAUUCUUCUUUUUCCCUCUGUAUCACUAGCCAAAUAUUCAAUUGUUCCCUGCCUACGGGAAUGCAAGACAUAUGACACCCCUCUCUAUUGGAUCUUUCUUCCUCCCUCCACUUGGUAUUUUUUUUUUCUUCUCAAUCCAUCUCUUUCUUUCAUCCUGACCAAUACAUGUGGAUUUUUAUCUGUCUAUAUAUAGGUUUUUGCCUUGUCAACCAUACGCAUACAUACUUGUCCUCUGGAGCUUUUCACCAGAGGAUGGAAGCAUUAUCAUGGCUUUGUGAAAAUGUCAGCGGAACUGUUAUUAUUUGGGGGUUGUUGGGUUGUUUGUUUGGUUUUUUUUUUUUUUAGUUUUGAAUCAGUGUUUUUCUUUCUAUUCUUAUUUUUGGUUAUUUUUUAAAAAUAUAUCUCUAGCAGAACAAAACUGACCUCCAGGCUAAUUCCCCAUAGUUCUAUACUUCUGGAAAAAAAUGCUGCUAAUCUUAAUCCGCUGGUAACGUCAACUUUGCUUCUUUAGUCUCAAGCACAGAAAAUGAAAAUGGUACAUCAUUGCACAGACAAACUGUUUUUCUUUGCCAGCCUCUGUAUAGCGUGUGUUUUGGAAUCAACCCUGUCCUAUGCAACUUUUAUUCUGUAACACUUCAGUGGAUUCUUAACCUGUCAGCUGCGUUGGCAAGUGUUAUUCUUAUUUCCUAGAUGGCAUCUGUUUUAAAUUAUGGGGGCCUAACCUGCAACUUAUAUUUUUUGUCAAUUUUUUAACCAUUUUUUAAAAGAUUACUGUAAAGAAAAAUGACUUUUUUUUCCUGCAGCAGGAAACGUAUAGUUUUGAGUAGUUCUACCUCUUAUUUCUAGAUGUUGGACUUUCUCUUUAAAAAUGAAAAGACAAAAAAACAAGAAAGAUUUAAUAAUAAUAUUAAUAAUAAUAAUAAUAAUAAUUGUAUAGUAUGUUAUAUAAUGUGAUUUUUACAAAAAAAGAACAAAAAAUAGAAAGAAAAAAUACACACUCUCAAGGGUAUAUGGCAUAGCUAUAUUAACAUCUUUUGUUGCAGAAUGCCUGCUCUUUCUCUCUUUCGCCUCUUCCUUCAAUUUGUAUCUUCUUCUUAGCCAUCUGACCUGAUCUGAUUUUGUCACACAAUUCUUAGCGGAGUCUUUUUUCGAAGCAUCUGGCAUUAUCUUCUUUGAAUUGCUGCCAUGGUGCCUGCCUUCAUCUAAUAAGAGACUUCUGCUGACCUCCUGCAUAGUCCCCAAUAAUAGGAAGAGGGCAUAUGCAGUGGUAAUGCAAUCUGAGUUACUUUCAGACAGGAAUGAGUAUUGUUGCAUGAGCAGAUGUAGACUGUAGUCAUGUGUUGAUUUUCCUUUAUUGAUAGCAUUAUUUCAUUUGUACCAACUUGCAGGCACUCUGUGUGUGUGUGUGUGUGUGUCCACACUUGCGGAUUUAACAUAAAGUAGAGUGGAAAUGAUUUGAGGGGAGGGUUUGUUAAAGCCUUAAUUAUCGGUCUACAUACUCUAGCUCAAGCGUAGCAAAUAUUAUGUAGUGUGGAUUUCAGGCCUAUUAGACAAGGUUGAUAGGCUGGCUUUAUGCCACUCCAUUUUUGUUAUGUUCUCAGAUUUCAUUUUGAAUCAAUCGUAAACAUUCAUGAUGUAUCUUAUUCUGGGCUGUACCAUUUCUGACUGCAUACGGAGAUCUCAUCUUUGAAUGUUUCUCUGCAGAAAUCUCCCCAAGGUGUGCUUAGGGAUAUAACAUAUGUGUGAGAAUAGCUGGGGGCUGAUUUCAGCCCUCCUCUGUUCUCUUCUCCUUUCUCUGUGCAGAGAGUAGGGAUGUAAAUCUUUGCUUGCUUUGUUCUCACAUGUGAGAAUGAAACAUUGUUCGAAUGAUAUUUGCUUUUGUGACAUUUUUGUGAAAAAAAUUGCAAAGUUUUUUUUUGCACAAAAGCAGUUUUUUUGUACAAAAUGUGUUUUGUGCAAAAUUGCUGCUUGUUGAAUAAAAUGUAGUGCUUUUUGUACUCUUUGCUUUUGCACAAAAAUGUAUUGCACACACAAAGAAGCACCUCAGUAUUUUCUAAGAAGCCCCCCAAAUGAAUUAAAUACAUACAGCCAUGUGAGUGCUGGCCUUUUAGUGCUCAUGUGAGGAUAAAAAUAUCUCACACUGGAUGACUUUCUUUUUAGUGGGGGGUCUAAACAUGUUGAAGAUGAUAAAACCCAUAAACAUUAUUUAUUAUUUAUAUCCCUUGAAUGGAGUAAUUGGUUUGAAGUAAGGUUUAAAAUGUGAUAUCCCUCACCUAAAACUCAUUAAAUAAUAAGCAGCUUCACAUAAUUCUGCUGUAAGGGCAAUGGGAUAGACACUAUUUCAGUAUAUAGGGAGAGGGAGAGAGAGAGAGACUAGCAUAUACCCAUACACAUAACCACAUUCAUAUAUACCUAAUGGCUGUUAAAUAAUUAGAAACUGACUCAGUAGUUUUCAGAAAAUCCCACAUUGUUUUGGUAAGGGAGUGCGGCAGUGACCAUAGUCCAGAGUAGUGGUUCCCAAACUUUGGUCCUCCAGAUGUUUGGGAUUUCAGUUUCCACAUUUCCUGACUAUUGGCUGACUUGGCUGGGGUUACUUGGACUUGAAGUUCAAAACACCUGUGGAGUACUAAAGUUUGAGAACCACUGGUUCAGAGCAAUCUCUGUAGACCUGAGCAGCAUCUUAGGCACAUGCCCCAGUCUUCUCCCUCCCCCUCCAACUUAGAUUAAAACUCCCCUAAAUUUUGUGGGCAUUUUGUUGUGCUGUUGCAGAUGUUGUCUCUGCUCCCAGAGCACAGCCUUCCAGAUUAGAGCUGCUGAGCUGACAUUAAGUCUGUUUCUACAUGCACUUUCAGACAACGGUCAUUUACUUUUACAAUGAAGUGCAUAAUUUUUGAACCUGUCUACAUGGCCAACUCAUUGCAGACUCCAGUUGUUACAAGUUGGAAACAGCAUAAUGUAUUUUAGACAUCUCAGUAAACUAAAGGUGUAGAUAGUUUCAGCAUUAUCGGGGGGGAAAAAACUACUGCUAUAUGGAAACACAGAUGAAUCAAUAUCCUGGCUUAAGGAGGUUUGCUGAAAGGGCCACCAUAUUCAUGCCAAAGUAAAUAGUAAAAAAAGCACAGAAGUAAACAGAAUUGUAAAACCAGCAGCAAUUUGCAGUGUAACACUUCCAUGCACUCACUUGUAUACACAUUCAGACCAUUUCCCAUUUGGUAGUCUCCAGUGGUCAGUCUCUCCCAGCAAGGGUGUUCCAUUCCUAUACCCUAUUAAAUAUACUUGAAUUCCUUCAGUAACAUUUGACUGUUCAGCACAUCUUCUGUUGAAUAUGUCAUAUACAGAGGCCUACAUUGUACAGGAAACAUAACAAAGAAGUAUGUUUUGGUUAUUUAUACUAGUUUGAGAAGGGACAGGGGACAAGAAGCUUGAUAUGUUGCAUUGCAUGCAUUCCUGGCAUUAGUAGCAUUUGGCUACCUGAUUUAUUUAUUUAUUUGCUUUGGAUUACUAAGCACUAUGAGUGUAUUUACAUUAUAGCAUAUGUUGGUACUAUUACACCAAUUUAAGUGGUACAGUUUCCUUCUGCAGUGAAUCUGGGGGAUUGCUGUUGGAUGAGGGUCCAGGAGAUCUUCUGUCGGGGCCACAAUUUUCCUCAACACUACCACACAGUUGCAGAAUCCCACAUGGGAAGAAGGAAUGCCUAUUCAACCAAGAAUGCAUAAUUGAGAGAUAUACCCAAAAUAUUUUUGAACCACAGGAAAAGAGCACUUUCUUGUGUAGCAUGACUUACAUAAAGUGGUUUGUGGAGGACGUUUGGUUCUCCUGUUGUAAUAAUCCUUCUUGCCUAGGUUGCCAAAGUCACAGCUCCCCUGUUUUUAAUAGGAGGGUAUAGGUGAGGAGGAACUAUCAGGACCUGAUGUGGCAAAAGUUUAAGAGUGAAUGAGACAUGAGAGCAUAGAGACAGCUGUUGAAAAAUACUCUUGUGUGUGGUCAUAUAUGGCUUAGAGGACAUAGCACAGUAAAGUCUUUAAACCUAGGCACCUCACAUGUUUUCCCUUUAAAAAGUGACCAUUAAGGUCCCAGAAGAUUCUGUUGUCACCAUUUACUGGACUAAAGAUUCCAGAAGUUUCUGGUGCCACCAUUUACUUGACUACUGUUAAUGUGGAGUGGGAGGAGGGAGAUGGGGAGCAGACUUUCAGAUUCCAUAAAGGUAUUCAAAAUUUUACCUUUUAAAAAAGGGCUUCUUUGCAGCCUAGAAACUUGCUAUCUUAUCCUGUUCUGUCUUGCUCUACACAACAACUUCUUACUUUCUUUCAGUUAGUCUCUAAGGUGCUACAAAAUCUCUCUAAUAUUUGCCCUACACAGUUUCAGUUGCAAUCCUAAUAAUACUGGUUAGGGCAUAACACACUGAAUGCAGCGGGAGUUAUUUCCAAGUAUAGAUUCAGACUGUUGGUCAAGUGAAGGGUCAUGGUGUCCAUAGUUUUGAGAACUAUGGAUCCAGGAUGGAGCCCCUCUGACCUAUGGGUUUGAUGUGGCCUGCUAGGCUAGCUCAUCAGUCCUAAAGGCCUUUUGGAUGAAGGCCUGCCGUUCAUCUUAAGGCCUACCGCUCAAAAGGAGAAUGGGCAGGAGAGUGACUGAACCAAGGUCUUAAGGACACAGCUCUGUUGUUCCACUUCUCCCUCCUUUUCCCAUGUGGAGCAAAGCCAUCUGUGCACUCAGCUAGUACUUCAGAGUGCUCAGUCCCCAAGUUUAGCCUGCUCCUGUAAGUGUCAGCUUAGUUGGCAUCACUUGAAGGCUACCUUUCCCUUGUGGAGGAGUAAAGGUGCCUCAGCUGAGGUGCCAUUUUGAGGUGUGAUUCCUCCAUCCACCUGCCUUGUUGAGCUCCAUCUAUAUGCCUUGUUGCUCUGCCCCAAUACAAAUCAAAAGAUGCAGUUCAGAACCAUUACAAUAGCUUCACUUUUCUUAGUGGGAUGUCAGUUGAAAACCCCACACCUAAUCAUGACACACUUUUAAAGACUUUGAUAUCAUAUCUCAUGGACUUUCUUAAUAUUUAUAAUAACCUUUUGGAACUCUUUUGUGCAGCGUUAACUAUAUUGUGGCCUCUGCCUGAUCCUGGCCUGCUCCUCCCAGGUUUUGUGCUGCUCCUGGUGUUUGGUAGGGCUCCAGUCCCAAGCACCAGACAAGCAUGUGCACACAAGUCACAGUCUUGAAAACAAGCAGGCAGGGCAGGAUUGGGGCACUUCCACCUUCUAAAGGGGAUGGACCCCCCCCCCCUUGUCAUUCUUACUGGCAUUGCUGGUAUUAAAGUGAUCCUUUAGAUCAGACUAAUUGCUCCUGCAAGAAGAAUAUAUGGAGCUUUCACUAUAGAAGGGCAGGGAAAAUGCCACACCAUGCUCUGUCUAGGAAGAAUCCUGUCCAAAAAUGACUCCAUGGCUGUGAGUGUGUGUCACUAGCCUUAAAGGAGUUAUGGGAGCAGCAAAGAAACUUGGGGAGGGGGGUAAAGAAGAGGGAAAUAUUGACUUAUUAGGCUCAGUCAGCAAGCUUGAUGGGAUCUUACUGAUGAUGAUGAUGAUGAUAAUGAUGAUGUUGACUGUAUCCCCCUCCCACAGGUAGGAAUAUACAAUUAAAGUACACUUGAAAGAUAUCCAUCUAACCUCUGUUUAAAGAUCUCCAUAGAAGGUCAGUCAACCACCUUCCAAGGCAGUCUUUUCCAUUGUGAACAGCUCUUACCACCAGGAGGUGCUCCCUAAUAUUCAGUGUGUUUUUUCUUCUAAUUUGAAUCCAUUGCUUCAUAUUAUAGUCUCAGGAGCAGCAGAAAACAAGCUCACUCCAUCUUCUACAUGACAUCACUUCAGAUCUUUAAAGUUAUGAUGGUUACCUCUCAAUCUUCCCUUCUACAGGCUCACCAUACCUAGCUGCCUAAGCUGUUCCUUAUAAAGCUUGGUUUCGAGACCAAGUGGACUGGAAAGCAUGAUGGGAACAGAACUUGGAAAAGUUUUGUGUACUACAAUUCCUAGAAUCACUUGACCAGCGUAGCCCAGCUUGUUGGGGGUUUGGGGAGUUAUGGUCCAGAAGAGUCACUAUUUGAGGCUCUUCUUAGGAAAUCUUAAACAGUCUAAAUCCAGUGAGGAAUCAUAACAUUUUAUUUGGCAUAAGUGUUCAUAAACUUCAUCAGAUGCAUGUCUUAGGAAGGCAUGUUGCUCAGACCAAGCCCAUGGACAUGCUUUGCAAACACGCUUCUCCUCAGGACUAAUAUUCGUGAAUUUUUAAGAGCCAGAGAUGACUAUCCCAGACCUACAAUGUGAACAUACUGCCUGCCUGUCUCUCUCUGUCCAUCUUUUUGUCUCUUUUCUUUAAUAACCUCCCAGAUACAGUAUGUGUAUGCAUUAUUUCUCAGAAUCAAGAUGCACUUUCAGAUACAUUUUAUUGUUGUUGUUGUUAUUGCUAUGUUAUUUGUUCAUUUUCAACUGUUAAAAGUCUGUAUUUGCUUUGAAUGAAUGAUGUAUUAAGAAAAACACAGCCACUUUAUUUUGAAAUGAAGAAGAUCAACACAGUAGAACAAACCGGAUUUUGUUUUUUGAAACACAAAAAGAGAAGGAAACAUUUCAAAUUGUUGAAUGAUUUUUCCCCAGUAAGAAGAAAAGUAAAACCAUGAAAUUACUUAUAACAUUAUAGGAUUUUACAGUUUUAUGAGGCUUUCUAUUGUGAAUUUUAUGGAAUCAAGAAAUGAAGAAGAUGAGAUAUUUUAGCAUUUAUAUUUUUCAAAUUAAAUGUAUACUGAAAAUAAAGUAACUUUAUGCAUU